AUUAUUAUUUUUUUAUCUUACAUCCCAACAAAGAACAGCCAAUCAAACACAGACCUGAGGAUUAUGACCUGAUUGUUGCGUUGGAGUUCGAACUUUGUCCUGGGUGAGCAGAGGGACACAGACAGAGCAUAGACUGAUAAAUAUUUUGGUUUUGUCCCAUUAUUGGCCUUUUUUCAAGGAUAUUUUAGACUGCGUUACACUCUGGGACACAGUAAUGGAGCACUAUUCAGACCAGGGCGGUGAAGGGUUAGAACUGCUCGAUUUGCUCUUUGAUAAGAAUGACGGCAUCUUACGGCAUGAGGCUAUGGGACCACAAUAUGAUCAGCUUUGGCCAGUUCAAGAUCCUCAUAUGAUGAUGCCCGCCCAGGGUAAUGAGGACUUCUUCAACGCACUUUUAGGUGGGUAUGACUCUGUUUCUGGUUCUCCAGUUUGGUCGCCCUCUCCUAGCGACAGUGGAAUAAGCGAAGAUCCUCAUUCGGAUCACAUCGACAGUCCACUGCAAACCGCAAGCCCUCCUUUGGAACCUUGUAUUGUCAUAUCCCAGGCGCAAAACAAUCUUGACACCAACUUCCCAAUUAAUUUCAAUGGCUGGGAGACUGGUUUCUUACCAGACAGGGCUGAAGGGAUGCAGCAUGCAUCUGAAACGCCACAGGCACAACCAACCACUGGAUUCCCCCUAACUGUCAAGGACCUGCUGCUAUCUGGCACACCAGAGCCUACCACAAAGGUGUCCCAGCAGUCCUACCAGGAGCUGGUUCUCACAGAGGAUGAGAAACGACUACUUGCCAAGGAAGGAGCGACUCUGCCAAAUCAGUUUCCGCUCACCAAGUACGAGGAAAGGAUUCUGAAGAAAAUCCGGCGAAAGAUCCGCAACAAGCAGUCGGCCCAAGAGAGCAGGAAGAAGAAGAAAGAAUACAUCGACGGCCUGGAGAGCAGGAUGGCCGCAUGCAGUGCGCACAACCAGCAGCUGCAGAGGAAAGUCUUCCAGCUGGAGAAAUGCAACAUCUCACUGAUGGAACAACUGCGUCGGCUGCAGGCGUUGGUCAUGAAUGGAUCCAACAAACCGGUCCAGACUGGGACCUGCAUUCUGGUGCUACUUUUGUCUUUCACCUUGAUUCUGCUGCCCAAUCUUAAGCCCUUCGCAGAUACCAAGGUCAGCCAGCACGGAGACUUCAGCCCAUUGAGAGUUCAGUCAAGGUCACUGCACAACCUUCAGCCUUCCCGCGUGCUGCGCGCCCUCGAGCACCCGUUCUCUGUGUCAGACGACUCCAAAAUACUCCCGCGCUUCUCGGAGGAUAAAAGUAUGGCGGAGAUCGCGUCGCUGCUGGGAAGACUUCACAGGAGACCAGACUUCACCAAUUACGACCCUGAAUCUCACAACCACAGUUUAGACCUGCACGACGACCAUCACCACGGAGACCCCAUCACUGGUCAUGUAGCGACAGUGACCUUGAAUCCACGACGUGGCUCGAGGCGGAGUCCUCAUGCUGAUGAUAUGUGAAGGGCAGAAGGGGAUUUCAGUUACCCGCGGAUUCGUCAAAACUCCUCUAACAGCGCUUCUGAAGGCGGGAGUCAGCUAACAGAUGCGUGAAGCUCUUUUUUCCUUCUUCUUUCUACUGAAGUAAUUUUUAAGAGAUAGCCUAGUAUAUAGCUGCUUAUUUAUAUUAUCAAACUUUGGAUUAAAUAACAAGUCCAAUGCGGGAAAUUGAUUUUCUCUCGUUUUAAGCUUGCCAGAAGCAGAUUUCGUUUUCGUUAAAAUGCAGUGGGGUCCAAACGCUGUUUUUUAAGCACAGAAUAAUUAUUUUUGCAAAAUUAACUGGCUUACUAAAUGUAUUUCGCUUGUUACAAGGCUAAACCCUAAAUAAAUACGUAGCUGUAAAUUAUCUUCAUGUCUCCACUAUACAAAAAAUAGUCCACUAAAACGUACAAAAUGAAAGAAUAGCACCUAGACAGAUGCUGAAAAAAUAUUAAUGUGAUAGGCUAUUAAUACUGCUCUGGUAAUUUUCAGUACAAUCGAUUAGAGACGCACAAUGGUUUGUAUAAAACAAGGGAGUGUGUGAGAAAGUAGCGCCAGUUUUAUUUGUGGAAUGAUACACAGUGCUGUCAUGGAAAAUCUCAGGCCGCUGGAUGACGCGAUUGACCAAUUAGAAUCAAGUAUUCAGAGCGUCGUGUAAUAAAAUGUAAAAAAAAAAAAAAAACUUUGAGUGAUGUUGAAAUAAAAAAUGUGACAAAAAUGUAAUGUGAUUUUCUUCAAAGUUUAAUGAAAGCAAUGAAAUCUGACCGUUUGUAUAGAUUAAUUAACAUGGUCAAUUUUAAAAUGUUAAACAUUUAAUGUUUAUUUAAAGAGUAUAUACAGAAUUAUUGCUGUGAUCACUAGAUGUUUGAACCAUCAGCUUUGCCAGAAUAACCUAUUACUUGCACUACUGCUGAGGUGAAUAAUAAUACAAAUCAGCUCAUUCAAAUUCAUGAAUUUAACAUUUUGAAUCUUUCAACAAGUCUGUCCUUUGUUUGUCUUUUCUUUGAAGACAGUUUUGCUUUAUGGGUAUAAAUCUGAAUGCUGAAGUUAUUUUGCAUUUUUAAGUGCAGUUUAAAGUGUUAAGUGUGCAUAAAUUGCUUUUGAUAAAAUAUUUGCUUUUUCAAUAAAACACGGUGUAGAAUUGC